AUGUGGAACUACCUGAUCUUCUCCGGCCUCUUCGCGAUCGUCUCGCUCCUCUUAACUCAGAAUCUCAAGAGGCCGAUAAGCAUCGUGGACCGAGGAAAAACCCGUUACGAUUACGUUAUCGUUGGAGCUGGUACCGCGGGAUGUGUCAUGGCCUCGCGUUUAUCAGCAAAUUCGAAUACUACGGUUCUCCUGGUGGAGGCCGGCGGCUACUUCGGUUGGUUAUCGACCAUUCCAAUAGCGGCACCGAUCCUGCAAAAGUCCUACAUGGACUGGGCAUACAAAACGGAAUCGCAGUCCUUUUCUUCCAAGGGUCUCUUGGACAACCGACAAAACAUCCCGCGAGGGAAGGGCCUCGGCGGCAGCGGUCAACUGAACUAUCUGGUGCACUCGUUCGGUCGCCCGGAGGAUUACUCGCACUGGCCCGAGGGCUGGUCCCACGUGGAGCUCCAGCCCUACUUUCACCGCGUGACGAAGCUCGUGCGCGCCCGAGCCGCCCUCGUCAAGGAGGAUCUCGCUCGAGCGAUGCGCGAAGCCGCGAACAGCCUCUGGGGGAGCGGGGCGAGCUUCGCCGAGGCUCAGACCACCUUGUACAAGGGCGCCCGGUGGAGCACCUACCACUCGCACUUGAGGGCCGCUUGGGAUCGGGCUAAUCUCCACAUCCUCGUCGACACGACGGUUACCAGGGUGAGCGACCUCCUUUCUUUACGCGCUAUCGCGUGCCCACCACAUUUACGCAAAACGACUGUGGAAUACACUACUUUAACCCCCUUUGCUUCAUUGGAAUUGAAGAUCCUGCUAGAUAAGGAAAAUAAAAUUGUUGGCGUUGAAGUACAAUACGAGGAUGGCCUAAGUGAAGAAAUUGAAGCUACGGAAGAAGUUAUACUUUGCGCAGGUGCAAUUGGUACUCCGCAUUUAUUGAUGAUUUCUGGUAUUGGACCGAGAGAUCAAUUGGAUAAAUUUAAGAUACCAGUGCAACUCGAUGUUCCAGCGGUCGGAAAAAACUACAUCGAUCACUUUAAUAUGCCUGUUUAUGUACAGCUGAAAUCACCAGUCAGUAUCACAUUAAAAAAACUUCAAUCCAUUUCAACCAUUGUCCAAUACUUUUUAUUCGGAACUGGGCUUCUGGCUUCUAAUGGAAUUAUGGGCAUUGCUCGAGUCAAUGAUAGCGCUGUGCUUCUUGCUGGCAUUGCCUCUACCGAUGAAAAACUGCUUAAAAUUAUUUCAAAUUAUCGAACCAAGACUUUCAGAUCGCUCUUUCCAAGUUACGCCGACCCGAUGCGCCACGGCUUCAUAUUCAUGUCGAAUUGUUUGCAGCCAAAGAGCCGCGGGAAUAUAACGCUCGGGUCGAAUAGCAUUUUCGAUCGACCGAUCAUCGAACCGGCUUUCCUCGAGCGAUAUGAAGAUGUCGCGUGCACUAUAAACGCGAUAAGAUUAGGGCUUUCCAUCAUCCGCACACCGCUUUUCCGUAAGUUCGGCGCGGAGGUUCACGUACCCGACAUCGAGGAAUGCCAGGACCUCGUGCAGGAUUAUCGAGAUGACGCGUUUGCGGAAUGCGUUAUAAGGGUGGCUGGGCUCACGAGUCAUCAUCCGACCGGCACCUGCAAAAUGGGUAACAGCGACGAAGACGGCGUCGUCGACGAAUUUUUAAGGGUACACGGAAUCCAGGGCCUCCGAAUAGUCGAUGCUAGUGUUCUACCAAUCCCAGUCUCGGGAAUGCCGAAUUCCGUAAUAAUAGUUCUCGCCGAGAGACUAGCUGGUAUCAUCUUACAAUCAUCCAAAUUUAAGAGAUAAAAUUGUAAAAUUAAUAAACCCAUCGCGCGAUUCAGCUUGUGG